AUGUCUCUCAUCGGUCACGUCUUCAACAAAGCUCUCGGAAAGGUAAUCCCGGUCUUUAUCGCAGAUGCCGGACCCGGGUUCAAGCGUCUCACAGGUGCGAACGAACACCUCUCGGUCCAGGGGGAGGCCAAUGGGGUCAAGAUCAAGGGGGGCCACGCCGCUAUGGACGACCUCCAGCAGACCGUGAGAUCUCUUUUCCACCACGUCUCAUUCACGUGCUCGCGUCUUCGAGCUGGGGAUGCCGAACGAUGGGAUCUGCCUGUUCUGUUUGUCGUGAGGCCGAACAUGAAUCCAACCUGUGUCAUUCGUUAGCUACCGAUCCAGCCAUCACGUAUGGAACCACCCUGAUCUGUCUGAACAUGCCAUCCCGACCGUUUCACGUCGCGUUUGAGGUCGACCACUCUCCAUGUGUUAUUAGCCUUACGUCGUCCAGUAAUUCCCCGGGUGCACUCUUCGGCAGCAAGCGGAAGACCCG